GGGAAUGUUCCUGCAGCAGAUUUGGUCGGAACCUGCGAGAGUGCGGCGGCUAUUGUUGUAAACGAUUCUCCAACGGCGUAUAAUGUUAUUCAUAGUCCGAAUGCAAGUAGCAGCUGUGAUAUUUCUAAUGUCAGUGCGAUGGUACGACUGAUACAACUUAAUCAGGAUCAAGAUGAAGUGCGAGCAGGUUCGUCACGAAAUCAGCCAGGAUCUGAGAUUUCACUGGAGUAUAAGGCUGUCGUUGGGUAUCUCGGAACUAUAGAGAUGCCUAAACAGAUUGCUACAAGUUCCAAGCUACAAACCGUUAGGAGUUGCAUUAGAAAGAUGCGUCAUGAGAAACGCUGUCCGACAACGGUUUUAAUGACAAUACUUCCGUCUUGUUUGAAUCUCAUAAACACAAGCAAUGCCAUUAUAGCUAAAUAUUCAUCGGUUAGACUUAGUUACGUGAGCAGCAGCAGCGAAAAUGAUAAUCGUUAUUUUGGAUUGGUUACAUCGGCAAUAUACGCUGAUGGUCUAAUGUGCGAAAAUUCGGAUAUCCUAAAUCAACGGAAGGACGUUGUGAUAUCCAACAGUUGUCAUGUUUUUGUGAUUGAUUCAAAGCUAGUUGAUCAUGCGUUUCAUCUCGAGAAGGCCGAUUUGUUUAAAAUAGUGUGCACAAAGGAUCCAAUCACUAACCUUUGCUUAGAAUUUCCUAGCAGCUCGGAGUACGUUGUCAGUCUAAUUCGCAGCAUGUAUAAUCUGAAAGCACCCGUGAAGCCGGAAGGAGCCCCAUGCAGUAGGCCUCCUGUUGCUAGAAGCCUUAAUCUAGAUCAACCAGUUCGUCCCUAUCCGCGAGCUCUAAAUGAUGCAAGGAUGAAUGGUAGGGCUGUGGAAGAUCCUCACGACUUGCUGGCGUCAAAUUCUCCACAGCCGAGCAACCACAGCGAAAUCACUACAACGUCCAGUAAUUCUGAUUCAGGCAUAGGUUUCCACAACGACUGUCGAAACAUAUCGGACCGGAUUCUCGUUGUUGAUUUUCCGGGUAUCCCAAAUCACCAGCAGAUAGGUAAUGUGCGAGCACACUUUCGCAAGUCACAUCCAUUCGGUCCACCCGUGCGUCCAGUUGGAAUUAUCAACGAACUACCUCCGAAAUUAGAUCCAAUCCGUAAUAUUCGAUGUACAGGUCGAUCGGAACCUAGUCUUCAAAUUUAUCACGGUAAAUCAAAAUCCGCUGACUACAAUUAUCCAAUGGCCUGUGGCAUAGACCGACUCACCGUUCGAGCCCGCCCAGAUCCAAAAUCCUUUAUUUCGGACCGUUCCCCUAGUAAGGACAACGCUCUGAACAACCUCAGCCAGCAAUCCCCUGUAAAGUACGAGCAGAUUUACCCAAAUCUACCAAGUCAACUGGAUAGUUGGACCGCUGGCAAAACAGUGGAUGAGCUAGGUAAUGUUGUUCAGGAACGUCCGAUCGAUGUCCCUAAACUGGAAGAGGUUUUCCAUGAUCUCGAACGCUAUAACAGUGAUAACGUGAAAAACAGUCUACUGGCUGCUCGAUCCUGUGACGAUAUGAUCCUGUCGUUCGACAAAGAAAUCUUCGAACCGAAAGUUCAACUAUCCGCCGAUGAUCUGACACUGAUGGCAAAGAAAGAAAUGGACCCCGUCGGAGACGAACACGUGUUCCUACAACCGGCGAAACCGAUCAAACGUUCGAAGAAAGCCUGUUCACAUAAAAGUAAGCAGAGUGGCCCACCGGAUGACGCUUCCAUUGGAUCUUCAUCAAACCGUUCGUCGCAGCACAGCGGUACCGGCGGUGGAGAUAAACUGAUGUCGUACAAACUUAGCCCUAAGGUGUUCGGUUUAGCUCGGCCAAUGUCGAUGAGUUUUGAAAACGUAUCCAGCGUCGGCACCACCGGUGUUGAAGUAGAUAAAGUGCGCAAAAACGAGAAGGAGGAACACAACGGUGAACGAAGAAGUCGGCCGUCGAAGAGGCUUAGUGGUGGGUUCUCUGCUAUUUGGGGUAGUUUGCAGGAACUGAGAUCGGGUCUGAAGCAUGAAGAUAGUGCAAUGAACAUGGAACGGAGUGAUAAAGUGACUAGAAAACAGCAGGAACGUCGACUGAUUCUGGAAGGGGCCUACAGUGAACCGGAUCUACGCUAUGAUGAGAUUGUCGCGGCAUUAAAUCCGUAG